AUGGUUAAAGUAGCUGUUCUAGGAGGCUCCGGUCAUGUGGGUAAAACCAUUGUGGACGCCAUCAAAGAGCAUCCAAGCCAUUCAGUGAUUAUCCUCAGUCGAAAGGCUCCAUCCACGGAUGACCCAGAGGCACCCACCGUACUGGUUCAAUAUGACGACGAACCAUCUUUGACAUCAGCCUUGGAGACGCACCAAGUCGAGACCGUCAUAUCUUGCCUCGGUGUCCAUGACGACAACUUGGCGCAGGUGGAAGCAGCCGUCAUUCGCGCCGCCGACAAAUCUAAACACACUAAGCGUUUCAUACCGAGCAAUUGGAGCACGCCAAAUGCCGAUUCUUCCAAAAGUCCUCUGAACCCGUGGGCUGCGUUUCAGCGAAAAGCCGUGGACCUUCUCCGGACCACCAGCCUGGAGUGGACUGAGAUUGCACCUGGCUACUUUGCUGACUUCUGGGGCAUGCCUUUCAUCGAAACUCACCUAGCCCCAAUGUCUCCGGUGCUUGACAUGAAAAAUAACGUCGCGGCCAUUCCGGGCUCAGGUGACGAACCCGUUGCCUUCUCUUAUUCGCUUGACGUCGCCAAAGUUGUUGCGAGAUUACUUGAUCUACCUCAAUGGCAAGAGACCACCUUCAUCGUUGGAGAUAAGCUCACGUGGAAUGAGUUCCUGAAAUUAGCUGAAGACGCAAAGGGCACCCAAUUCGAAGUCCAUCACGACGAUUUAGAGAAAUUAGGAAAGGGCCAGAUCACUGAAUUACCCUGCCAUAUUCCAGCAUACACAUUCUUCCCGAAAGAGCACCUCCAAGGUCUCUAUGCUAUCUUGGAGAACUUGAUGGCCAUUGGAGAGUUCAAUUUGCCACCUGAGAAGGCUAUUACAGCUCAGUUCCCAGACAUUAAAAUGCUAACCAUCAAGGAAUUGCUAGAAAAGACCUGGAAGGCGCAAACCAAUCAGUAA